UGUGAUUUACAGUGAUCGGUGUCGUGGACGGUUUUUAAUAAAAAAAAUUUAUAAAAUCGAAUAUGCUGCUUUUAUCGUCUUUCGUCAGCCUCACGGCACUCACCUGCCCUGCCUAGACACAGCGAACAAGAAAGGGUUAUACCAAUCGGUACCUGCGCCUCAAGACACAAACUAUCAUUUUCUAGGAACUUGGCAUCUUCAUACACUUUCUUCCUCCGCACGACCCUAAAUUAGGGGGGGGGGGGGAGAAAAAAUCUCAAUUUUGUUUGUGGAUUUGGUUUUGAAUCCAUGGAGUUGUGUCAAUUGAAGCUCACUCUUCUUCUUUUUUUCGCUGUUUGCUUGCUUGUGCCUUCGAUCCAAGCCAAAAGUGUUAGCUACUGCGAUAAGAAAGGUCAGUAUGCUGUUAAGGUCCAGGAUAUUCAGAUCUCUCCGGAUCCUAUUAUCCCAGGCAAGCCAGCCACCUUCACUAUCUCCGCUUCUGCAGGUGAGGGUAUCUCUGGAGGUAAAGUGGUGAUUGAGGUUUCAUUAUUUGGGGUGCAUGUCCACACAGAGAGCCAUAAUCUUUGUGAGGAGACAUCCUGUCCUAUUUCAGGAGGCAACUUUGAGCUCUCUCAUUCACAAAUGCUUCCAGGAUUCACCCCACCAGGCUCAUACACUCUCAAGAUGAAGAUGGAGGAUGAGAGCAAGCAUCAGCUGACCUGCAUUACCUUCAAUUUCAACAUCGGUUUUGGGUCUUAUGUGGCUGAUAGUUAAGAGUGAACAAUUAAAGAGGUUUUCGCAGAAUCCAUCUUUGUCAUGUUUGCUUGUUAGAAAAAAAAAAAGAAAGUCACAGGAACUCGUUAUGUUACGCCUGUAAAGUCAUGGAACAUCUUAAAACGAUAUAUGGCUGUCCGGAUGCAGGUGCAACUGUUCAUGUUAUCUUGUACCAUCUACCAUGUGACUAUUCUUAAAGGAUACUUUUUAUCUUCUGUUUUGGAAAUGAAGGAAUGUGAAUACACUGUUUCUCCA